AUGACGACGACGGCGGCGGGGAAGUCUGUGGCUGGUGAUGCUGUUGUGCCUGCAGUGGAGAGGGCUGCUGUCCUGGUGUCUGCUGGCGUUUCUGCCGCUGCCUUUGACGCCGGCUCAGUUUCACCCUCUGACAUCCCACGGGUUGCACAGGUGGAGGCUGAGGGGAGGAGGUUGGAGGCGGAUCCGGAACAGACCGCGGAGGUGGCGCUGUCUGCGUCCCCGGCACCGGUGACGCCAGCUGUGCUGGCGGCGGUGGUGUCUGCUGCGACUGGGGAGCAGGGUGACGCCUCGACGGCGGAAGGCGCGACGACUGCCAUUGCGUGCGCCGAAAUGCCUGCUGCUGCCGCGGCCGCAAGCAGGCAGAAGCACGGCCAGGCAGUGGGAGAGUUUCCAGGACCCGCGAACGGCGAUUCCUCCGGCGCUGCACAGGCGAAGUCGAAGAAGAAGCUACGGACCCAGCCAGCACCGAGACGGCCCGGAGCAGGGCUGGGACCUGGCUCCCCGGGACCCCUCCGGGGCUGGCUUCUGCAAGGGCAACCGCCAUCAGAGCGAGCGCAUCGGUCGUCAUCUGCGCACACGCAAGAGGCACGAGGGGUUUGUGGACUCAAUGAAGCGGCAAUAGAGACGACGGCAACCCGCCAUGCAGAGCAGCCGGCUCCAAACCAGGACAAUGAAACGCACAUGCACUCACCGCCAGGCCCAGUCGCUCCAGCCGCAGAAGCCGUCGCCACUCGUCGCUCGGCUCGGUUGGGAGCUGUCACGUGGGGUCCACCAAGGGGUGGCCGUACCCCGUGGAUGCCGGCGGGGAGAGCGGGACUGGAAGCGACGGCUCGGCCAGCGCCGGCGGCAGGCCGGGGUUUCCGCGGUAUGGGCCGCGGAAGGCGAGGGGGAGCGCGCGGGGGUGUCGCUCGCCUGGGGGGAGCCGAGAUCCAAGCACGAACUGGCCCUUGGCGGGAAUGUCACGACCGCCCGGAGGUUUUGGAGGCCGCAACCAAUAGGGAAGAAGCUGGUUCUGCUGAGGACACUGGGGAUCCUGAGUUUAUGUGUGGAGAGGAAGCUGGCCCAGAGUCCGAAGAGAUUUCUCUGGAUAACGAGGAGGAAGUGGGAAGAGCCCGGAAUCGAGUGAGAGGAGCGGGAGAGGGAGUGGACGGAGCGACAUCCCAGGCUGAAGGAGUGCCUCUACCAGCUGCCACGGUCACAAACGAAGUAAAAUCGCCGGCCACCCUGGCAGAGGAUGACGCCAUCUGGCAGGCGGCAGGAACGUGCUUGGGCGACCCUACUGUACCUCCCGAGGCUGACAUUGCGCCCGCCACCAGAGCCUGUUGCCGGCAGUCGAUGGGCUGA